AUGUGGCAGACCAAGGCGCAAAAAUUUGAAAGCCAAGUAUCCCUACUUAAAAAGGCUAACGAUUCUAAUCCAUUCGUUUUUGUUAUUAUUGACGGAGAUGGCGCAGUAUUUCAGGAUGCCCUUCUCAAAAAAGGUGUCGAUGGAGGCGCUGAGGCUGGCUACCUCUUGUGGGCCGAGAUUAAGAAGUAUGUUACCGACGCAUAUCCAGAGUCGGCCAGCGAGGACUGGAGCAUCAUUGUCCAAAUCGUACUGAAUAUGGACGGACUCGCAAAGAAGCUUCAUGCCUCCGGAAUCAUACCUAACAGCACUGUCGAGCGCACUCUCGCCGACUUUGGCCGGGGCUUUGGUCGUUCACAGCCCCUUUUCAGCUUUAUUGAUGUCGGAUCUGGCAAGGAGUCGGCCGACCAUAAGAUCAGGGAGAUGCUACGCGUCAUGGUCCGCGUUACUCAGUGCAAGCAUAUCUUCUUCGGCCCCUGCCACGAUAACGGUUACCUUCCUGUUCUUGAGCCUUACAAGCUGGACCCAAAAGUCCAUCCGCGCCUAACACUUAUUGAGACUACACCCGCUGAGGAGGGGUUUAAACACCUAAACUUCCAUAGGAUUAGCUUCCCUUCGGUUUUCAGAACCGAGAAACUCCCCGACAGGCACACUAUCACGAAUAUGGCUGCAUCCCUCGGUAUCCAACCGUUGCCGCCGCCCUUAGGUCCAAAGCAACAGAACGGCAAUGGCGGCGGCGGUGCUCUGCUGAGGAGUGACACGAACGAAAGCCAGCCUCCUGGCAUUAUGAGCUCACCAUCUAGCGGGGGUGCGCAAACGCCACCGUCAUGGUCCCGUUUGACAAAGUCUACUGCUCCUACCAAGACAAUCGACAUUUCUUCGACCAAGAAACAGGCUUUCCGGAAGUAUUACCUCCUCAAUGCAGAGAGCCAGCGCGUCGAUGAACCGCUUCCGCGAACCGACAUAGCGGCGGAGAAGCGAUUCAAAGAACGCAUGCAGAAAGCUGGCAAUGUUUGCAACGCAUAUCAUCUUCACGGCAAUUGCAAAAACGGAGACGAAUGCAACUACUCCCAUGGCGAGAAGCUUAGUCCAGGAGAACUAGUAGUGCUAAAACAGAAGUCCCGAGGAAUUCCUUGCAGCCAAAUGUCCGACUGCAUCGACGUCACUUGCAUGCUGGGUCACCACUGCCGCUGGCUGAAUAGCUGCGAGCACACCCAUUGCCGCUUUGAGGGCUAUCAUGAUAUUGAUCCUAAACCCCGCCUCAAGGUUUUUGAGGAUGGGAGCACCCAGUCUAUGGCGACGUAG